AUGCCCAAGGUAGGGCACGUAACGGACCUUCGAGAGCAAUGGUUGGUAAGAGCAGAUGGAGCGUUGGCACAUCGUCUACAAGAUCGUGAGAUCUCCUCUCAUCUCUGCGAGAACAGGUACAGGAACCAGCAGAUACGCGAAGAUUUUCCAGUUGCUCUUAGCGAACAGCGGGAUAUUGAGCACGAGAUGAGAAGCCGUGAACUCGCGCGACGGAGACAGGCCGAAAUCGAUGCUGAAAUCGCCCGUGAGAUGGCCGAAAUUAAUAUCCGGAAGCAAAAGCGUCUAAAACAGACAUCAGAAAUGGUACAACCCAGUUCUUCUAGAGCCCUCCCAGUCCAGCCCAGUCCAUUUGCACCAGACAUCAACCCCAGUCCAUUUACACCAGACAUCAACCCCGAUGAACUGGGUCUAUCUGCGUCAGAACUUGAGGAAAUGCGUAAACGUCUGGAGCAAGAGGAGCAUGAUGCCAAACUUGCCAGACAGCUUAGUCACGAGGUAGAUGGUCAGGAGGCUCUCCUUGCUGAUAUGAGAGUAGCUGUAGAAGCACAAGAUGGAGAGCUUGCAAGGUUACUGCAGGAAAGAGAAUAUAAGAAACUCCAACGGGCAAAGGAAAAGGCCAGACAGAAAGCGCUGUUAAAGAAACAGAAACUGGCACAAGAAGCUCCACCUGAACCACCACAGGCCACACUUUGUGAUGCUUACAGCAAUCCUCGAGAUAUAAUACGCCAGAAUGGUCUUCGAUUAUGCAAAUCAGUGGAUUCUGACCUUAAUUAUGUUGAGCCAUUUGAAAAAGAAUGUAUACAAUCUAAAGAAAGUGCACUCAAAUCUUAUGAACAGUCAAAACAGCUUUAUGCAAGAGAGGCAGGAACUUCUUCAUCCAAUCUCAAUUCUUAUUCAUGCCCACCUGAAUCUCAGGCUAGUUCAAACACACCCUUGCAUCAUAGACAUCCACCACCACCACCUUCAACAAGCAAGAAGCCUAGAUUCCCCGAUCCAGUCAGUAUUAGACCAGCAUCACAUUAUCCAACUGACAAUGUAAUAUCAAGUGCCACAAAUAUAUCACUAACCCACAGCGUAAGUGAAAACAACAAUUUGUAUAGUUGUACAUUUGCCGAUAACAUAAUAUCGCCACAAACCAGUUAUGACAAAGCCGAUAGAUCUAAACGAUUAUCUGUGAUCUCUGAUAUCACAGCUGAGGGUCUUGCAAAGAAGAAGAGCAAACAAGCCGACUUGCAGAAGAAGAGGCGUGGUUGCAAGAUACAGUAG